AUGGCGUACUCGGCGAAGUACUCCAAGAAGCCCAUCACGGACAUCUUCACCAGCGACACGGAUAUCAACAAGAGGAAUGGUCGGCGGACGGUUCCCAUGAAAGUACUCAUUCUUGGACUCGGACGCACAGGAACAACGUCAAUGCGCGCCGCAAUGAAGGAGCUCGGCUAUAUCGAUACCUACCACAUGAUGAACUGCUCGAUUGAGAACCCCCCCGAUGCCCUGUUGUGGAUGGACGCCCUCGUGGCCAAGUACGACGGAGUCGGGGCCCCCUUCACCCGGGCAGACUGGGACCGGCUCCUGGGGAACUGCCAGGCCGUCUGCGACUGGCCGGCGGUGGCCUUCGCGAAGGAACUCAUCGAGGCAUACCCGGAAGCCAAAGUCGUGCUCACGAACCGCGACGUCGACAGCUGGCACGCCAGCACGAUGCGCACCGUCUACUGGCGCGUCACCGACCCCGAGCUCCGGUACCUGUCGCACGUCGACUGGGCUUCCGGCAUGUACUACCCCAUGCUGCGCAAGUUCUUCGACACCUUCUUCCGCGGCGACUUUCCGAAGCAGGGUAAGCAGGUCUUCCUCGAGCACUACCAGGAGGUCCGGGGCCUGGUCGCCCCGGACCGGCUGCUCGAGUUCGAGGUGCAGGACGGCUGGGGGCCGCUGUGCGCGUUCUUGGGCCACCCGGUCCCGAAGGAGCGCGCGUUUCCCCAGGUGAACGACAACCACGAUUUCGUCGCCCGGUCGCGGCGGCGGAACCGCAUGCAGAUGCUGAACGUGGGCGCCAAGGCUCUGCAGAUGGCGGUGCUGUGCGCGCUGGCCUUCUGGUGUCUCUCCCUGUUACGGCGCCUCUGA